AUGACUUCAUGUGGUCGCCUCAAGUGCAUGGUGAAUGGCUGUGGCGUUGUCGUGUGGUACACCUACUUCAAGGUGCACAUGACCAAGGACCACCCGGAGAUACCCCAAUACCGCAAUAUCCGUAAGCAGUACGGCCGCCAAGUCGAUGCGAACGACAAGGUGCUUGAGGACGAGGGCUUCGCAGAUUUGCACCCUGACGAC